CAACUUUAUAUCUUUCGGAGCAUACUGACGUCAUCUUGUGACAGCACUCGAAGGAGCUCUAACCUCUCGCCUCUCGGUGUUUCACGACAACUGUAUACCCGGCAUUCUGUUCGUCACCGUGCUGAUCUUGAUUCAAAUUCUGCCUCGAUCUUGGCCGCGUGGAAUCAGCGAGAACCAAAAUGGGAUCAAGCGAUCGGAAAACCCUAGACGGAGAAGGCACAUCAUCUCCAUCUCCGCAACCGCCGCAACCACGACCAGCACCGUCGUUCUCUGAGAACUGGCAGGAGCGUAUUCUGACCCCUACUCUACUUGCAGGGAUUGCUGGUGGAGGCGUUGGAUUAAUAUCUAAGUACCGGAAAGCUCAUGGUCUUGCUAAUAUCUCUGCUACUUACGCUGCUAAUUUCACCAUUGUUACUGGUUGCUAUUGCGGGGCUCGGGAAUUUGUACGAGUAACUCGAAAGUCAGAGCAUGAUGAUCUACUAAAUUCUGCAAUUGGGGGCUUUGGUACUGGUGCUAUACUAGGCCGUCUUCAAGGAGGUCGACUUGGUGCCUACCGGUACUCAGUCAUGUUUGCUGUUGUGGGUACAGCCGUAGAUUUUGCAAUUCUGAGGCUAAAACCUGUAUUAAGGAACUUCCAAGAUGGUGACUGGUUUAAGUUGCCAAACUGGUCCCCGAUACAAGUGCUAGAUGAGGAAGCCCUUGCAGCUAAGAAAGCUCGAGAACAGAAACUCUAUCCAGAAAGAGCAUUUAGAAACCUGAGCAAGGAGGAAUCUUGACAAUGAUAGCAGUUUCUACAUGCAUCUUAAGUUUUAUGCUUAUAAAAUUUUUAUUUUUGUUUUCUGAAAAAUUUUACACAAUAUUUCAAUAACAGCAUUAGUUUGGUCAGCUCACUGUCAUGGGAAUGGAAGCAUACACUAAUCUCUGGGUUCUUAUUCUUGAUGUUUUAAAUUACUUCCAGCAAUUCUGUGCUGUGUAAUUAUGAUCUCGUCAAAUAUCUACAGCUUCGUA